GCGGGGCUGGGCCGGGAGAAAUAGGCGCGCCGGGCGGUCUCCGGGAGGAUACCGCGGCGGCACCGGGAUCCGGCGGAGUACGCUCGGCGGCUGUAGGCUUGGGCUUUCGGCGGCGAAAUUCGGUAAAUCCAAGACCCAGCUUCCAAAAUGUGGCAGCUCUUGGCCACCCUCUGCUGCCUGGUGGUGCUGACCAGUGCCCAGAGCAGACUGUAUUUCAAGCCCCUGUCCGAUGAGCUGGUCAACCAUGUCAACAAACUUAACACUACAUGGCAGGCUGGACACAACUUCUACGAUGUGGAUAUGAGCUAUGUGAAGAGACUGUGUGGCACCCUGCUGAAUGGACCCAAGCUGCCCCAGAGAGUUCACUUGGCUGAGGAAAUGGAUCUUCCUGAAAACUUUGAUGCCCGUGAAAACUGGCCAAACUGUCCAACCAUUAAAGAGAUCAGAGACCAGGGUUCCUGUGGCUCUUGUUGGGCAUUUGGGGCUGUGGAGGCCAUUUCUGACCGGGUCUGCAUUCACACCAAUGGGAAUGUCAAUGUGGAGGUGUCUGCGGAGGACCUGCUUACCUGCUGUCACAUGGAGUGUGGGGAUGGCUGCAAUGGAGGCUUUCCUGCUGGAGCUUGGAACUUUUGGACCAAGAAAGGCCUGGUUUCUGGUGGCCUCUAUGACUCCCAUGUAGGCUGCAGACCCUACUCCAUUCCUCCAUGUGAACACCAUGUCAAUGGCUCCCGGCCCCCAUGCAAGGGAGAAGGAGGAGAGACUCCCAAGUGUAGCAAGACCUGUGAGCCUGGCUAUUCCCCAUCCUACAAAGAAGACAAGCACUACGGAUAUAGUUCCUACGGUGUCCCUUCUUCUGAGCAGGAGAUCAUGGCUGAGAUCUACAAAAAUGGCCCAGUAGAGGGAGCCUUCUCUGUGUAUACAGACUUCCUGGUGUAUAAGUCUGGAGUGUACCAGCAUGUAACUGGAGAAGAGGUGGGAGGCCAUGCCAUCCGCAUCCUGGGUUGGGGAGUGGAGAAUGGCACACCCUACUGGCUGGCUGCCAACUCCUGGAAUACUGACUGGGGUGACAAUGGCUUCUUUAAAAUCCUCAGAGGACAGGAUCACUGUGGAAUCGAAUCAGAAAUCGUGGCAGGAAUCCCACGUACUGACCAAUACUGGAAAAAGAUCUAAUCGGCCGUGGCCCUACCCAACCAGCCCUGGGGGAGUUUCCCCCUAAAUAUAGCUAUCUGGGCUGGGAAUGGGAGGCAAGGGAGUGGGAAUGUCUUUUGAGUUCAGAUAAGAUAUAAGAGGUUUUAGACAGUGGCAGGUAUGCUUCAGGGCCUGAAGGACUGGAUUGGGUCAACCUUGUGUCUACUAUUGGAGCUGAUCUUUUCUGGAGUAGACAGAGCUGUCUUCCGUGGAAGACAAAUCCAAAUCCUGGCUACCUCCCAGCUUGUUCAGUGGACUGAUCCUCACAAUGCAAACAGACCACUGCUGAAAGCAAAGUGGGCCCUUUCCCCAUAGACUAGUGCUGUAGGUAGUGCCUGCUGUUCCACCUCUUGAUGUUCCAACUCUUGCUGCAGUGACCCUCCACCCUCUCCCCUCCAGCACAUUUCCAGGGAGCAAGACAGUGAGGACCUAAAGGGUUUGACUUCUGGUUUUCCAAAGGAAUGGAAAGUGUAAUUUCUAAGCAAGUAUCUUUCUAGAAUAGGUUGAGAGGAGAGGUGGUGGGGGCAGCCAUUUGAAGCCAUAUUCUCGCACGGGUUCUGUAUCUAUUGAGCUUUGCAGUGUUACAAAAUUUCUCUGGUCUUUUCUGUGGCAUGAUUCUUCUUUAAUAGAAAUUUUAUUUUUAAUGCACCUCAACUGAUCAUGUGAAUGAACAGUUUUAAGUUAAAGGAGCUGUGCUAGUUUUAUAGACUGUCUCCUGGUGGUGUGUGUAAAACUGGGUGGUCAUGAUUUGACUGACUGAUACCUCUAAUACCAUGGUGAAACUAGUUUCAGAGAAACCAGUGUUUACUUUUUUUAAAUCACUGCUAACCCUAUCAGUUUAACAAGGAAUGGAAUAACUGUGCCAAUAAAAGGUUUCUACUUCAAAUUGAA